AUGACGUUAAAUAAUUUGAAAAAGGUUAAUACAAGAAAUACACAUUUAACUACACUUGAUAACAAUAAUGAAAAUACAAUAUGUGAUAUAAAAAAUAUAAAUAGUAUACAAAAAAAGAAAAACAACAAUAAAAUAAACACAGAAACAAACAGUAGUUUUACUACCUGCAGAAGAAGUGUGAGAUUAUUGUUAUUGAAUAAAGAAAAAAAUACGAAUUUAACAAAUAAUAUAGUUCAUUCAUCUUCUAGUGACAAAAUAAAAAAUAAUAAUAAAAAUAAAAAAACUAAUAAUAAUAUUAAAAAUAAUAAUAAUGUGGUCUUUAAUAUUAAAGGACAUCAUAUUACAAAAAGUUCAGAAAAUGAACAAAGUAAUAAAACGAUAUUAAAAGGAAGUAAUGAGAAAUUGUCUAUAAUUCGUAAUAAUGGACAUAUCACUAAUUUUGUGAAGAAAAAAAAUGAUCAAGAUUAUUCUACAAAAUUGUUAAAUAAUAAAACGACUAUCCAAAAGACAAGCAUAAAAAAUGACCACAAAAAUGACAGCAAAAAUGAGCACAAAAUUGAUAGAAAAACAUGUUCAAAAAGUAUUGAUAAGAAAAAGGCAAAUGAUGAAAAGGAAAAAAAAGAUAUUGAAGAAAUCAUUGUAGAUAAUAAUAGAAAUAAUAAAAAUGUAAAGAAAAAAAAGGACAUAGAUGAAAUAUAUUUAAAUAAUGAGGAUAUAAAAAAAAUAGAUGAUGAAUAUUUGUUUUUACAAAGAAAGUUUAAAAAGCAAAAAACAGAUAAUGCUGUUUUAAGUAAGAAGAAGAAAUCUAAAAUGUUUAAUAAAAUGGUUAAAGAAUAUAUAAAACAAAAUAUGGAAAACAAUAUAUAUGUAGCAGAUAAUAAAUUUAAUUUAUAUAGUUAUGGUACAGGAAAUGCUUUAUAUACUUUAGAGAGAAUAAAUUAUAAUAAUGAUAAAACAAAUGAAGAUCAUACAAGGAAAUUAAAUGUAAUAUCAGAAAUUAUUGAUGUAAAAAAACAAAAAUUUAUUAUAGGUUCUUCCUAUAGAAAAUGUGAUCUAGUAAUAAAGGGGAAUAUAGAAAAUGAACAUUGUGAAUUAAUAUGUAGGUGUAUAGAAAAGAAUAUUAAUCGUACUAAUGAUAAGAAUAGACAAAUAAAUAAAUAUAAUUUAUUUAUUAUAAAUAAAUCAUCUAAUAAUAGUAGUGUAUUCUUGAAUGAUAUACCUGUAGAUAUUGAUCAAGUAAAAGAUGAUGAUUAUAUAUAUUUAGGUAUGGAUGAAAAAGAUAAUAAAAAUACAGCUAAAUAUAUAUAUAAAAUAAAAUAUAAUAAACUAGCUAAUAUAUUUAAUCUAAAUAAUAUGAAUAAUCUUAAUCCUAAUAAAGAAAAUUCUUUAAAACAUUUAUCUAAAAUUACAGAAAAAGUAGGAACAACUAGUAAAAUAUUAUCUAAUAAUUUUGUAUUAAGUAAUCAAAUACCAACAAUUAAAAAUACACAAAUACAACAGCAACAACAAUUAUUACAAAAACUACAACAAGUAAAAGAAGAGGAAGAAGAAGAAAAAGAAGAAGAAGAAGAAAGAAAAAAAAAAAAAAAAGAAGAAUUAGAAUUAGAAUUAGAAUUGGAGAUAGGAGAAAAAGAUGAAGAAAAGAAAGAAAAAUUCAAAGAAAAAGAAGAACCAGAUAUAUCAAUCGUGUUAUUUCUAAUUAUUCCAAAAAAAAAAGAACAUAUAAAUGAACCAAUUUAUUAUAUUAAUAAUUUUAAUACAUUGACAAAUACUUUAAAUAGCACACCUAAAAAAUUUCUAGAUAAUACAAAGACACCUGGAAAAAAUAUUUCUUCAGUUAAUAAAACUAUAAAAGAAGAUUCACCAAAUACUAGAUUUAAUGAAAGUAUAAAAAAAAUUAAUAGAAUUUGUCAAAGUAGAAUUUCUCCAUUAGGUAUAAAAGAUUCAAUUAAAAAAGAUGAAAAAAAUAAAGGGGUUCUAAAAUCUUCAAGUAAUUCUAAAGAACUACCAGUUACUUUAUUAAAUGCAUGCGUUGAAUUAUGUAAAGAAAUAAAUAGAAGUAUAACAAAAGAAAAUAUUAAAAUGAAUAGUUCCUUUCCUAAAAGUACACCAAUUCUAAAUCAUUCAAAUCUCACCCCCUCUAACGGAUUAUCUUAUUUUAAUAAAAACGAAGAAAAUGUCAAUGAACAAAUAGACAAGCAGCACAAAAAAAAUGAAAAAAUGCAACUUGGAAAUAUAUAUAAUACAUUUAAUACAAAUUUUCAUUCUAGUAAUACCCCACGUGUGGAUAAUAAAAAAAGUGAGUACCUUCAGAUGGAAAGCCAUAAUAAUAUGAAUGUUCACGUUGAUGAAGAGAUACAAUAUACAAGUAAAAAAAGUAAUAAUUUAUGUGAAGAUGCAGAAGAAAAAAUAAAUAAGGAUCAGUCCAUAUUAGAAGUACCAAAAAAUCUAGAAUAUAAGCAAAAGGAGGAACAAAAUAAUAUAAAAAAUCAAACGGAUUGUACAAAACAGAAUGAAACGUUAUUAAAUAAAGAUAUAGAAGAGAUUGAAAAAAUAAAAGCUAAUGAGGACACAGAGAAUAAUAAUAAUAAUAAUAAUAAUAAUAAUAACAAUUGUAAAAAUAAUUUGGAUGAGGUAAUUAUUAUUAAUAGAAACAAUGAAUUAAAGGGUGACACUAUAAAUAUACAUGAGAAAUAUACUACUGAAAUGUAUCAUUUCAAUAGAAAAUCUAAUUACGAAGAAUUAUAUUUAAAAGAAAAGAAUUGUAUAAAUAAUGAAUUUCAAGAUAAUUUAUUAGUAACUCCUAAAAAAAAUGAUAUGUUUUUAAAUAUUAAUAAUAAUAUGGAAUAUUAUGAUUGUAAAGAAGAAAAAGUAUUUAAUAUUGUCCAUCAUAAUAAUAAUCAUGAUAUUGUAAAAACAUCUGAUACCAACGAUAAUUUAAGAAAACAAGCAGAAAAAAAUUUAUACUCACUUUUAUAUUCUAAAAAUUAUGACGAUUUAUUAUCUAAUCAUGAUUAUGUUAUAUGUCUUAAAAAUUAUGAAGGUAUAGAACAAUAUGUAAAAGUCAUAGGACAGAUAAAAGUAAAAAGAAAUGCAUUCUUUACAGAUAUUAAGCAUGAAAUAGAUUUAAAAAUGCUUGAUAAUAUUAUUGAAAUUAAAACAUUAGAUAAAAUUAAUUAUUUUAAUACUAAUAAUAUUUCUAAUCCAAAAUAUUCAAUUCAUUUAAAUGCAUUUACUGAUAAAAUUGAUGAAAAUAAAUUUCAUGAAUUAUCUGCACUACAUUUGGAUUAUAUAGAUCAUACUAACUUUUCUCAUAUGUAUACAUCAGAUUCUUUCGAACUCAAAAAAAUGCUUUUUGUCAAAUAUUAUGAGAAUUAA